UCCAACCAACCCUGCCCUGUCCUCCUCCCCCUCUUCCUCCCUCUCUCACGCACUUGUCCUCCGUCAGUCCUGUGCAGUAGCAGCAGCCUCUCUGGGAUGGACAGCUGCUAGAAGCGCAGCAGCAGCGGCAGCUCUCCCCCUCUUCGCUCCCGUGGAUGUUGGAGCGGCUAUGAUGUCUCCGCGGCUCUGGGCAGCUCUAUGCCUCCUCCUCACCGCCUCCUGCCGGCUCUGCGCGGCCGCCCGACACGGCUGCCUGUUUGAGAAGAAGCUCUGUCCGAGGGAUCAGCUGUGCAGCAAUGAUGGGUUGUUCGGACAGUGCCAGGCUCCUCACCAGGAGCCCAUCCAGUACCUGGUGUCUGUACCUGUCCUGCACAGGCUGCAGGCAGUCCUCAAAGACCUGGUGGUGCAAGGUCUGACGUGGAGGGAUGACAUCACCCAGGCCAUCAUCAGCCGAGAGCUGAGUCACGUUCCCACUGUUGGCUCCUUCUCUAAACCUGAUGAGAAGACGUCCAGAAAGCCAUCCAGAGUGUCAGGGCCCAGUCAGCGCAGGGUUCAGGGGCCAGAGGAUUCAGUUGACCCCAAGGUGGUGCAGCAGUACGUGGACUACAUGAUCCUCGACCCUUCCCGAUCCUCAGUUCACAUGCAGGCGCCUCUACUGGACCCGUACACCUACCACCAGCAGUACGGAUACCAGGAGGAGGAGGAGCGCUCCCUCAACUCCCUGGAUGAUAACCCAGCAUUCCCGCUCCUGGCUGCCCCGUCUCGCUCUGGAUCCCGUGGGAACUCUCUGGACCGAGACCAGCAGCUUCUCCAGGACCUGGUGUCCUUUUACCUCACCUCACCUUCCUCUUCGUCUUCUUCCUCCUCCUCCUCCUCCUCCUCACCUGUGCAGUCCCUGUCCCUACACAGAGGGGCAGUCGCUGCAGCUUCAGGGUUCCCCUCGUCCUCCUCGUCCUUCCCGGAGCUGGACUUCCCACUGGAUUAUGGCGAGGACUACGUUUCCCAGAUGUCCCAGCUCCGCAAGCAGCAGCAGGUUGAGAAGAAGGCACCAAAAGAGUAUGAUGCCCUGUUGGGACUGGACGAGCGUGCUCUGCAGAGGCUGGCGCUGCUGCUAGACCACUAUGGUCUCGACGUGAAGGAUCUGUCCCCUGAGCAGAAGGACAAGCUGCCAGCCGCUGUGAAGCAGCUGGAGGGCUCCUACGUCCACAAACAGAUUCAAGAUAAAUAUGGAAACGAUGCUGCUACAGGAAAGAAGGUCACUGAGGGUUUAGUGGCGUAUAGAGUGGUCAGCCCCAAGGCGCCGCCCUCCACCAUUCCAGCCCAGAAGGAGCCUCCUCCCACUGUAACAUCCAAACAGGACAGACUGGGACAGACUGGGGACAAAGUGGGCUACAUCGUCACCAACCAGAGCCCCCUCAGUCUGAACGAUGGGGUGCGCGUGUUGCAGCUGCUGUCAGAGAGGAUCGGCCUCUCCGCCGGCUCCUUCACCAGCAUCAGCGUCGUCGGACCUGCCAUCACCUUCAGGGUCAGACCCAACUCUGAGAACCUGACGGCUGCAGAUGUGGCAGACAAAGCAGUUGCAGAGAAGAGCUUCGUGGAGUCAGAGACGGGCCUGAAGGUGCUGCAGAGUGGUGCUGGACAGAGGAAUGAUGGGAAGGCCCUGCCCCUGGCCACCAGGGUCCAGCCUGGCCCCCGCUGGGUGUUUGCCACACUGGUGUCCAUGGCCUGCAUUGGCGGCAUCCUGGUCGCUGCCAUGACCAUCACCUGCCUGCGUCAUCAUGCCCACCGGCUGGCGGCUAAGAAGCUGGGUCUGGGACCAGAGGGAGGCAGCUUCACCCACCAGGAGUACCAGGACCUGUGUCGCCAGCACAUGGCCUCCAAAGGCGCCUUCGGACGCCUGGAAGCUGCUGCACUCGGCGCUGUGGGAGGAGCCAGCGGUGCAGGAGGAGGAGGUGCUGGUGUUGGGGCAGCGGCAGGUGGAGGUGCCGACUCUAGGGUGAGCAGCGUGUCGUCCCAGUUCAGUGAUGGAGCCCAGCCCAGUCCCAGCUCUCACAGCAGCACGCCAUCAUGGUGCGAGGAGCCGGCCCAGGCCAACAUGGACAUCUCCACCGGUCACAUGAUACUGGCCUACAUGGAGGACCACCUGAGGAACAAGGACCGUCUGAUGAAAGAGUGGGAGGCUCUGUGCUCCUAUCAGGCUGAGCCCAGCGCCGUGUCUGUGGCGCAGAGUGACGCCAACGCCAAGAAGAACCGCUGCCCUGACUCAGUUCCCUAUGAUCACUCAAGGGUGAAGCUGAGAGCGGAGAUCAACCCUUCACGGUCUGACUACAUCAAUGCCAGCACCAUAAUUGAGCACGACCCCCGUAUGCCAGCCUACAUCGCCACCCAGGGCCCCCUGUCGCACACCAUCUCUGACUUCUGGCAGAUGGUGUGGGAGAACGGCUGCACUGUGAUCGUGCUGAUGACGGCUCUGGUGGAGGAUGGAGAGAAACAGUGUGACCGCUACUGGCCUGAUGAAGGCUCAUCUCUCUACCACAUCUAUGAGGUGAACCUGGUGUCAGAGCACAUCUGGUGUAACGACUUCCUGGUGAGAAGUUUCUACCUGAAGAAUGUGCAGACGCAGGAGACCAGGACGCUCACACAGUUUCACUUCCUCAGCUGGCCUGCUCAGGGCAUCCCCACCUCCACCCGCCCUCUGCUGGACUUCCGCAGGAAGGUGAACAAGUGUUACCGUGGCCGUUCCUGCCCCAUCAUUGUGCACUGCAGUGACGGCACAGGCCGGACUGGGACCUACAUCCUGAUCGACAUGGUCCUCAAUCGUAUGGCUAAAGGUGUGAAAGAGAUCGACAUUGCUGCAACUCUGGAGCAUGUCCGCGACCAGAGGCCUGGGAUGGUUGGCACCAAGGACCAGUUUGAGUUUGCACUGACUGCCGUUGCUGAGGAAGUUAACGCCAUCCUCAAAGCUCUGCCCCAGUGAAACCAGUUAGAUCCAGACCAGCCUGCGUCCCCCCAUCCCCCCACACCUCACACCUGACCUUCUCUCUAUGAUGAUGAUUGCCGUGAUGAAGAAUGACACUGUGCUCCUCUUCUUGCCUGUUGCCUUGAAACCUGACAGUGAUUUCACAUAAAAGUAAAAACUAACUAACUAGAGGGAUUAACGCAGUGGCAUAAGCGUGAUGUGUUCAGAGACACUCCAAGGGUCAAAAGUGAGAUGACGUGCCGCCUUCACAGUGGAUCUGAAUGAAAAUGAAACCAGAAACAUGACAAAAAAUAUUUGAGUAAAAUGCAUUAAAAAUGCAUGUCCAUUGGGCUAUUGUGCGAUCCCUCUGGAGUCUAGGUCCAGUUUGUUUUAGUUUAGUAGCUUAGAUUAAACUGACCUUACUGCACAUGCUUGGUACCAUUGUUCAGUCUGACUUAACAUCUUGCCAAACUAACAGAAUAAAGCUGCCAGGAACCCAAAUUACAGCAAACCAUGUACAAACCUUUAGUGAUAUAUAUACUCAAUGUAAUAUUAUAGAUCAGUUCAUGAUUGUAGAAACCAAUGUUUUCAAUGCUAUAUACACGCAAAUGUGGUGGAAAAGUGACUCCCAACUUUUUGUGCCUUUUUCAUUCACAGUCUCUGUGUGCCAUCAUAAAUCACUGAAAAGUUUACAGACAAAAAUGUGUGAAAGUGUCACAUUGGCAUGUCCACCUGCUUGUGUCUACGUGAUGUAGACACAACGUUGUGUUAUUUACUAUACUGUAAAUAAAACAAACAGACAGACUCCAGAGGGUUUAGAAAAGCUGCCAUCAUGCCUAAAAUCUCAGAUGUUCUCACGAAUGCAUCAGACUGCACAUCUUUAUGUUUUCCUCUUAUGUGUGGCUGAAGAUGGCUGAAACUGUUGGUUCUGAUCUCAAUCGAGAAGUAAAGCUAUAGAAAAAGAUUGGAAAGCAUCAAAAAGCUCCAUAAAGAUUAAAUUGUCUGGAUUUUUCUCAUUUCAAGUUGAAAAAGUGUUAAAACCUCAAAAACAUCCAGUCAAAUUUGUGAUGUUUUGCAAGUUAAAGUGAGGUGAUGUUGGAUUGUUCUCCUUGUGACUGACACCUGCAGAAAACACCUGGCUUCUCUUUGUGCCAUUCAGAUCAUGUCUAUAUUGUUGUAUACCUCUUGCAAGUCAGAAAAUGAAAUAAAAAAAAAGAACUGCUACUCUGUGAAAACUUAA